AUGGCUACCGACACUAUGAGAAUAUGCACAGUCUGUGCAUCGAACAAUAAUAGAUCCAUGGAAUCUCAUAAACAACUUCGAGACGCCGGAUUCGAUGUCAGCUCAUUCGGAACGGGUUCUUCAGUGAAACUUCCAGGACCUUCAAUAGACAAACCCAAUGUUUACGAGUUCGGUACGCCGUACGAGAGAAUCUACCAGGAUUUGAUAUCACAGGACUAUAGAAAGAUGUAUGAGGCAAACGGCUUAAUAUCCAUGUUGGACAGAAACAGACAAGUCAAGAGGGCACCAGAAAAGUGGCACGCCAAUGCAGCAUCAGGAAAGUUCGAUCUUGUUAUCACAUGUGAGGAGAGAUGCUUUGAUUCCGUGCUUGAGGACCUCAUGAUGAGAAUGAACAACAAGCCCGAAGAGGCUGAAGAAAAAGACGUUCGUCUGGUAGUCCAUGUGAUCAAUGUGGACAUCAAGGAUGAUAACGAGAAUGCAAAAAUCGGUGGUAAAGGCAUUGUCAAAUUGGUGAAGAUGAUUCAUGAGUAUAGAGAGAAGGAGAAACAGAGAAAGAUCAACGAAGGCGACGAGGACCAGUAUCCUGUUAUAAUGGAGGACGAGAUCAUGAAGAUCCUAGCGCAAUGGCAGCUCGACCAUGUCCACUUACCCACGCUUUACAGCGUUUCGUACUAUUAA